AUGGGGCUGUCCAUAGUAGAGAUGCUUGCCUUUCCGCAAUUCGUUACCUACAGCUUGGAUCGGCGAAUCAGACCGCGACAUGUGGCAUUGUUGCGAACGGGCUAUGAGGUUGUGGCACGCGAGAUGGCUAUUCAGAGGAGUGGUGGCAAGAGGGAUGUUUCAAGAGGGAAAGAGAGGAGCAUGCUGGGUUCUGUGUCUGAUGAAGUGGAGGGGGUAGAGAGGAUUGAAUGGGGAGCGGAAGAAGGGAAGAGUGGGCCGUUGCGGCCAGGUUGUAGUGCCACAGCAUUGAUGCUGGGCCCUUGGUUGCUGCCAGAUGGGAACAGAGGGGGUGUGGCUGCUACAGCUGCCUCUGCUACAGCUGCCUCUGCUACAGCUGCCACGGCCCUCCCCAUGCGGGACCUACUACAGCUGUUCCUGUGGGUGGCUGCGGUGUCACUGGCUGUAGCAGAGGAGCUGCUGUUCAGAGGGCUGCUGCUCGCGGGCCUGCAAGAGAGGCUUGGUAGGAUCGGCACUGCCAUGCUGUCAUUGCCCUCUCCCUUUCACUCCUCUUCCCCAACAUGGCCCUUGGGAGUGCCGCCGGCCUGCUCAUAG